CUCUCAGGCCCCCCUUCCCACGCCCAGUGCGCUGUGGGAUAGUGGCACUAUAAAGUAUAUCCUCUCUCGGAGAAAGAUAAGAAGCCCGAGACAGGAGGGGAUGAAGAUGGCGGACGCCAAGCAAAAAAGGAACGAACAGUUGAAACGGUGGUUAGGGUCGGAGACAGACAUCGAGCCUCCUAUUCUGAAAAAGAAGAAGGCAAAGGUGAAGUUCGACGAUGGCGCCGUGUUUUUGGCUGCCUGCUCAAGCGGCGAUACCGAGGAGGUGCUUCGAAUGAUUGACCGGGGUGCUGACAUCAACUACGCCAAUGUAGACGGUCUGACUGCCCUCCACCAGGCGUGCAUAGAUGACAACGUGGACAUGGUAACCUUCCUGGUGGAGCAUGGGGCUGCCAUCAACCAGCCCGACAAUGAGGGCUGGAUCCCCCUCCACGCCGCAGCCUCUUGUGGAUACAUGGACAUAGCAGAGUAUCUGAUUGGCCAGGGAGCCAGCGUGGGGGUGGUGAACAGUGAGGGGGAGACACCACUGGACAUCGCUGAGGAGGAGGCCAUGGAGGAGCUCCUGAAGAAUGAGAUCAACCGACAAGGCGUGGACAUCGAAGCGGCCAGGAAGGAGGAGGAGCGGAUCAUGCUGAGGGACGCCCGGCAGUGGCUCAACAGCGGAACCAUCAAUGACGUCCGACAUGCCAAGUCCGGGGGGACCGCACUCCACGUGGCCGCCGCCAAGGGAUACGCUGAGGUUUUAAAGCUUUUAAUCCAAGCAGGGUAUGAUGUAAAUAUUAAAGACUUUGACGGCUGGACCCCGCUCCACGCUGCUUCACAUUGGGGCAAAGAGGAGGCCUGCAAGAUACUGGUGGAGAACCUGUGUGACAUGGACCUUAUCAAUAAAGUGGGUCAGACAUCUUUUGAUGUUGCAGAUGAAGAUGUCCUUGGCUACUUAGAGGAAUUACAGAAGAAGCAGAAUCUGCUCAAUAGUGAAAAGAAGGAUGUUAAGAAGUCUCCCUUGAUAGAGACGACGACCACCGGGGACAACAAUCAAAAUCUAAAAUCCAUUAAGAGCAAAGAGACCCUCCUCCUGGAGCCCGAGAAGCCCGCCCUGCGCAUCGAGACCCUGGAACCGGAGAAGGUGGACGAGGAAGAGGAGGGCAAGAAGGACCAGGAGUCCAGCUGCUCCAGCGAGGAGGAAGAGGAGGAAGACUCGGAGUCUGAGACUGAAGCCGACAAGAGCAAGACGCCUGUCCCUGUGAGCAACAGUAACGGCACUGCUGUGGUGCCAACGCCGACCAGCGUUACGGUGUCUUCCACCUCCCCAACCAGCCCCACUAACCAGGUGACUCUCACCUCGCCUGUCAAGAAGGUGGCCCAGCAGGUGUCCCCUGCUGGUAAGGUCUCUCCUAAAGAGGUCUCCCCUAAAGAUAAACAGGAGGAUGACAAGACUAAGAAAUCGGACGAGUCCCCGGCGUCGUGGCGCCUGGGCCUGAGGAAGACUGGCAGCUACGGGGCGCUGGCGGAGAUCACGGCCACUAAGGAGGCCCAGAAGGAGAAGGACACGGCCGGGGUGAUGCGCUCGGCCUCCAGCCCCCGCCUCUCCUCCUCCCUGGACAACAAGGACAAAGAGAAGGAGCUCAAGCAAAUGGCUCCACUGUUUCAUGUGCAGGAAAAAGACAAAGGAACCAGACUUGCCUACGUUGCCCCCACCAUCCCCAGGAGACUGGCCAGUACAUCAGACAUUGACGAGAAGGAGAACAGGGACUCUGCUGCUAGUCUGGUACGUAGCGGCUCCUACACCAGGAGACGCUGGGACGAUGAGCUGAAGAACAGUGAAGGAAGCGCUUCCACCAACCGAACAACACCCAGCUAUCAGCGCAGCACGUCCCACACGCUAACGCUAGGGCGAAGCGGCAGCACGCGGGACGUGCCAGCCAAGUCCUCGUCCGCCUCCAGCUUGGACCCUAUCACCUGUAACACUAAACCCUGGCAGUCGCCCGCCUCCCACUACCAGUCUUACAGCAUUUACCGCAGUGGUUCCUUUGGCAGGAGGCAUGAAGACCUGGGUUCGACCACCUCUUCCUCCACUAGCACCACCACAACCACCUCGUCUGUUACCUCGCCCACCAGCCACCGUGACCGCAGCCUGCUCUCCAGCCUGGGCUCCUCCACCCGCACCGGAUCCUCCAGCCUCACCAGCAGGUACUGGGCAGAGGAGAGUGCGGAGAGGGAAAAGGAGCGGGAGAAGGAGUCUGCUGCAGUCAUCCCUACGAUUAACACGGCUUCUACCACCACCACGUCCACUACUGGCACUAUCAUUGGCUCUGACGGCAGGGAGAGACGCAGGUCCGACACGCGCACGUCGUACCUCACCCCUGUCCGGGAUGAAGAGUCAGAGUCCCAGAGGAAAGCCCGCUCCAGACAGGCUAGACAGUCCAGACGGUCUACCCAGGGUGUGACUCUAACUGACCUCCAAGAGGCAGAGAAGACCAUCGGCAGGAGUCGCCCCAUACGGACCCGGGACGAGGAGAAGGAAGAGAAGGAGAAACAAGACAAGGAGAAGCAGGAGGAGAAGAAGGAGACUGGUGAAACCAAGGAGGACGACUACCGGUCGAGGUACCGCAGCUUUGAAGAGACUUACCAGCGCUACCGUCCCUCCACCACCUCGGCCACCACCCUGAGCACGGCCUCCACCCCGUCCUCUACUUCCUCUAGCUCCCUCAACAGGCCCAACAGCCUGACCAGCAUCACCUCCUCCUCAAGCUCCCUCAACAGGCCCAACAGCCUGUCCGGCAUCACCUCCUCUUACAGCCGCUCCUCCAGGGACACUGAGAAAGAAUCAGACAAGAAGCAGCAGGAGGAGGAGAAGGAGGGAGAGGAUAAGUCCCAGCCCCGCUCCAUACGUGAUCGCAGGCGGCCCCGUGAGAAGAGACGCUCCACCGGGGUGUCUUUCUGGACCCAAGAUGGGAGUGAUGACAAUGACCCAGACCAGUCGGCGGACUCAGAGGAAGGCAGCAUCAAGGGUGAACCUCAGAGUGACCGACUGUCCAGGAAUGAGAGCAGCACUUCCUCUUCCGACCGCUAUGACCACUUGGGAAGCCGUGGCUACGGUGAGGGUCGCAGGUCAUUCUCAAGCAGGCUGGACCGAGACGAUAGCACUGACUACAAGAAGCUUUAUGAGCAGAUCCUAGCUGAGAAUGAGAAGCUGAAGUCCCAGUUACGUGACACAGACCUGCAGCUGAAUGACUUGAAGCUACAGCUGGAGAAGGCCACACAGAGGCAGGAGCGCUUUGCAGACCGGUCGCAGCUUGAGAUGGAGAAAAGGGUUACAAGCAGGCCCCAAUUUCAGCUGGGUGGUAUGGUCUUAUAAACACCUGACUACUUUCUCCAGUCUACUGCCUCUCCUGCUGACUGGCUCACCAUGCCCAUAUAGUUGGCUGGGGGCGUGCCACCCCACCCAAGCACGAGCUACCUACCUUCUCUCACGUGUUUUUGAACAUUUUUAGCCAGUGUGUGUGUGGUCACUUCUCCAGGGUUGUUCUUUUUGCAUAGUGUGUGAUGGCGAGUAUACAUGAUGGAUUGUUUCAAUGGAAAUGUUAUCUUCUGCAUGUGCUUUUUGCCAUUUUUCUUGGCAAGUGUUCACUCACAUCACCUUAACGACGGACACAAACAUAUGGGGUCAACUUCACGCCAUAUCUAUUGAUUUCAAAAUAAAAUACAUUGUAAACAUGAAAAAUAAAGUUGAAUUGUAAACAUUGUAUUUUCAAGGACGGGUGAAAUAAUGGAUGUUGAAAUCAAAAACCAAUCAAUUGAAAGCAAAAUGUAUAGAAUUGUAUACAAAAAUAAGACAUGCAACGAAAACGAAUGCAAAAAAUAUUUUUCCGUGAAGCUUUCCCAGUAAACAAUCAUAUUGAAAUAGGUUUUGCCUACGCUCUUGCCUGCAUGUACUACCUUUUUUUGUUACGCUACUCGUAUCUUUGCUUUCACUGCCAGUCUUUUCGAUUGCGAGUUUUGGCAUUAUUUUUCCGGUGAAGGGUGGGGUUUAGAGGGAGGCGUAUUGGUCCGCUAGUUUUGGAGUGACGGUUCGUCCCAAUCAAUGAACAUGAUAGACAGGCUUUUUUUCUAUUGCCUCCUUAAGUAGACAGUCUGACGUCACCUGGUUUUAGCUAACUUACUUCAACCUGUCAGUCACGGGUCAAUAAUUUACGGAUAUUAGACUCAUGUCGGUCUAAUGCAUUUAAUGACAAACCGUCUCACUACUUAGAUAAACAUUUACCUGUCGCACAACGUUCGGUGCAGGUGUUGGUAACUAGUUCGGCAUACACCUGCGCCGAACGUUGUGCGACAGGUAAUUCAUAUGUUUAUCUAAGUAGUAAGACGGUAGGUAGAUGGUUUGUUUGUCAUAGUUUUGCUCUCGCUUUAACAUUAUUUGAUUACACGUUUUGGUUUUUCUUUUGAUGUCUUGUUGGGUUUUUGAUUUCAACAGCCAUUAUUUCAACCGUCCUCAAGUAUGUUUACAUUCUCAACUUUAUUUUAAGUUCACGAUUGAUUAUAUUUUACACAUAUGGCGUGAAAUUGUCCCCAUAGAAACAGCACCUUAACGACUGACCCAAACAUCUCCUUAACGACAACGGGCACAUGCAGUUCGCAUGGUGGCCAAGAAAAAAACGUUAUCCUGAACUCCCAACAUAUUGCAUGAGUGAUUUACUCAUACCCUAUUCUAUUGCUUUAGUCUGCUUAAAGUCCAUGUUGUCACUGGAUUUUUAGAUGGCCUUCCCCUGGCAUUCCUUAGUCAGCAUACCUCCAGACCUUCACAGCUUGGGUCUGCCAUUGUAUUGUAUUGUGCCUGCCAGUAUAGCUGACCAUUACCCAUGUGUCAUUUCAUUAACUUGUCAUGUUUAGAUAACCACAUCAGGAGAAGAUGGGACAUGCAGCACUAAACAUGUUAGGUCUUUUAGAUUAGUCUCCAUGGUUCUGGCUUUGACAUGCUUCACAGUCGUGUGUGUGUGUACCUCACCCACUCUCCUCUCGCCUCUCUUCAUGUUGCUCCUCAACCUGCAUCUGUUAUCUGACGUUCACACCUCCUCUCCACCGUCACUGGCUAUAACUGCAGCUAGGUUUUACUAUCAGACCGUGUCAAUUUAGAUGUAGUCUUUUUUUAGUCUUAAAAUACCUUUUUAGGCUUAGUCACAUUUUAGCCACAUGGUGCUUUUUUUUAAAAUAAAUAAUACGUAGGCUACCUCUAACAUUGAUUAUUGUGGCAGAUUGUAACUAAUGCCAGCCAUAAUUAACCAUAAGCUAUUAAGCCUUGGCUACCGGUUAAACCAUUUACAACUGAUUUUCUCCCCAUCAUAAGUGGUUUCUUGAAAAGGGGAGAAUUUGAGCUUUCCAGAAAUGUCAGAAGUUUUACCGUACUCCUAAUAUUCAACAUAGCAUUCGUUUCUCCCACAGGAAAAAAGCAACCACUUGUGUUUGAGCACCGUGGCUCGUCAGCAGGGAAAAGGGGAAAAUAGAGGUUCUGAUGUGAUCAAAGCAAAAAUAGCCAACAUGAAAUUGAGUAAACAUUACUGUUUCUAGUUGAGUUUAGUUAAAAGUCAAGUGUUCUGGCACUUGGCUUCACAUCAGUUCAAAAUAUUGACGAGUGAUUGAAGUGACCUGGGUAGCUGAGUGGGAGGAGAGCUGGGUAGAUCAGCUCAAUCAGACUGUGCAACUGAAAUGUCAAUUCUACAAACAAACAAGUCCAAUCCUCAGCAUGUAUGCAUGCAGAAUAUUUAAUGCAGUCCUCUCUUUGGCAGAAUUAACGUCUUUCAUGUUCCGCGGUCUGCAGCUGAUUAAGCUGAUCUGUCCAGCUCUCCCACACAGCUCCAGGUGGUCACUUCAGUCACUCGUUGACCUAUUGAAUUGAUGCGAAGCCAGGUGACACGAAUGUUGCAGCAUUUGCGCCGUGGUCCGCAUGCCAUGUCAAAUUAAAUGUACAUUUGAGUCACAUUUUUGUUGACUAAAAUGACAAGUAAAUUGUAAUAGUUAUCGUUUUUCCCCUCGAGUCUCGUUUUAGUCAGGAAAAAUAGGGUGUUACAGCCGAGCUGAGGUGUGAGGUAACAUAACUGAAGCAGUUUGUGGGAGCCUGUAUGCGGUGGUUGUCUUGCGUGUUUUUUUUUUU